CUAUACAUGCAGUACAUUUCACUAUCCAUACAGUACAUUUCACUAUACAUGCAGUACAUUUCACUAUACAUGCAGUACAUUUCACUAUACAUGCAGUACAUUUCACUAUCCAUGCAGUACAUUUCACUAUACAUGCAGUACAUUUCACUAUACAUGCAGUACAUUUCAUAAUACCCUUGCUGACACAUAGGAUUGUAUAGUUAUCUGACCAUGUCAUAUAUCUAUAAUACACACAUCACACGCGUUUUGGGUUGUGUAUUUAACAGGCAUGUGGUAGUCAAGUCAGUAAUAACGCUUUAGCUGACACUCCAGGAUAAUUGCAUUGUUCACAGUUACACGAGUUAUUGUGUGUUUUUCUGGUUGCUUAGUAUUCAGGCACCGCGGCAGACAGCUUACCCACCGGGGUCCUGUUGUCUAAUAAACAGUAUGUCUGCCCUCUGUGAGCGGACACGCCGGUUAAAACGGGCAGUUUUCUUUCAAAGUGCAGUCAGAAGACAGCUGUCAGGUAAAUAUGACUAUGAUCUUGUGGUUAUCGGUGGAGGAUCAGGUGGACUGGCCUGUUCAAAAGAAGCUGCUCAGUUUGGAAAGAAAGUCGCUGUGUUGGAUUAUGUGGAGUCUUCACCUAAAGGUACCAAGUGGGGUCUCGGUGGAACCUGUGUGAAUGUGGGCUGCAUUCCCAAGAAACUAAUGCACCAGGCUGCUCUUCUCGGAGGUGCUAUUAAAGAUGCCCAGAGAUAUGGCUGGACGAUACCCAGCCCAAUCACCCACGACUGGUUGACCAUGGCAUCAGCUGUUCAGGACUACAUCAGGUCCUUGAACUGGGGACACAGAGUCCAGCUGCAGGACAAAAAAGUAAAGUAUUUGAACCUUAAAGGCAGCCUGAUGGAUGGACACACUGUCAGGGCAGAGUCAAAAACUGGCAAAGAGUCUGUCCUUACUGCUGGAAAUAUUGUGAUUGCAACUGGAGGACGGCCAAAGUACCCCACACAUAUUCCUGGAUCACUGGAGUAUGGAAUUUCAAGCGAUGACAUUUUCUGGUUGAAAGAAUCACCUGGAAAAACGUUGGUUGUUGGUGCCAGCUAUGUUGCCCUUGAGUGCGCUGGUUUUGUCACAGGCAUCGGUGUGGACGCCUCUGUGAUGGUGAGAAGCAUUCCACUGCGAGGGUUCGAUCAGCAAAUUGCCUGCUUAGUGACGGAUUACAUGGAGUCUUAUGGUACCAAGUUCCACUGGAAAUGCAGUCCUUCCAAAGUGGAAAAGCUGGAGACGGGGCGCCUGCUGGUCUCCUGGACAGACCUGGACUCUGGCAAAGAGGACCAGGAUACCUUUGAUACAGUGCUGUGGGCAGUAGGCAGGGCCCCAGAAACGAGAGCCCUCAACCUGGAAAAAGUAGGAGUGAAAACGAACAGAGAAACUGGGAAGAUUAUCGUCUCUGCUGAUGAAGCGACAUCAGUUCCUCACAUCUACGCUAUCGGAGAUAUCGCUGACGGGCGUCCUGAAUUGACCCCCACAGCUAUCCAAGCAGGCAAGCUCCUGGCUCGCCGGCUCUUCGGCAAAUCCACUGAACUGAUGGACUACGACUGUGUUCCCACCACAGUGUUCACCCCCCUGGAGUACGGCAGCGUGGGGCUGUCUGAAGAGGAGGCGGUCAGACGGCACGGAGAGGACAGCAUCGAGGUUUUUCAUGCGUUUUACAAACCAUUAGAGUUCACAGUAGCAGAAAGGGAUGCCAGUCAGUGCUACAUCAAGAUGGUCUGUUUGCGGGAGGGGGCUCAGCGAAUCCUUGGGUUCCAUUUCACUGGACCAAACGCUGGGGAAGUCAUUCAGGGAUUUGCCCUUGCGAUAAAGUGUGGUGCCACCUACACCCAACUGAUGGCAACAGUGGGCAUCCACCCAACCAGCGCUGAAGAACUAGUCAAGUUAAACAUCACCAAGCGCUCUGGCCUGGACCCCACUGUCACAGGGUGCUGAGGGUAAGCCCUGACCCUGAACCCAAGAGCUCACAAGAGAUGCCCGGACUGAGAACGGAGAGGGAGUUCAGACUGAAACAGGACAGCUGCUCCAGGCAGUCUCAGCUUUUCAGAAGACUGGCUCUACAGCUCCACAGUGUCGGUGCUGUUUACAGAUGUUAGACCCAGGGUGCAAGUCAAGCGAUCUCCAAAGUGGCAUUGAAAUGCAUUUUACAGAGGCAUAACAUGAGUUUACUGAGCACUCCCACAAUCAUGGUUUUCUGCUUCUGAUGAGUUCUGAAUCUGUAACGAGUGUAAUGGCAUUGUAAUAACUAGUUUUAGAAAAGAAAAAAGAGAAUUGUGCACGGAUAUAAAUGCAAAGGUUUGAAAUAUAUAAAUGUAAAGCUCACCACUGCAUGGUUCUCGUCUAUAUUCUGCAAGCUGCCUAAACUAAUCUGUGGGUUUGUCUAAAAAGUAUUCCUUUUCCCAACCAGAAGGUGGGAGUGUUGCCAAGUGUGUUCCCCUCCUGGUUUGCACAUACUAGAUGCCUGUAAAGGACUGACCGUUAGGAAACGAGAGUCCCGUUCGAUUUGUUCUUUUAUUUUAAAGAGUUGUAACUGGGCAUUUCGACAGGAAGACCAAUAAGACCAAUAAAACUGUGGAGAUUCCACACUUCAUUACUGAUGAACCGCUUCUCCAGGACUGGCUUGGAUUUAAUGAAAAGUGAGCAGGAGGAAGUGAACAUUAUUGCAAAUAACGAUCGGCUCCUUCUGAUGGGGUUGCCAGCAUUCUCUCAGCAAAACAAACAAAAAAAAAUCUGCUUUUAAAAGGCUUUUUACUGCUGAUGUCCCGAACAUACUAAAAACAAAGUGAUUGCAAUGUAUCUUAUUUUUAGUAUUGAUGACUGAUUGGCCAAGCUUUUUUUCCUUCUAUGUAGAAACACUAAAGAUGGUCUCAUUUUAAUGUAACAAAACGUCCUUCAAAAGAAAGAGAAGAGCCCCUCUUUGGGAAGAUUUCAUCAUAUUUGUAGCACACUAUUCCUUUUUGAUCACUUCAAUCAGCACAUCGUGCCCGUUUAGUUUGAGUUUGUUUUGGCAAUAACCAAUAAUAAUAAUAAUAAUAAUAAAAAAAAAAGUAA